AUGGUGAAGGAAACAAAAGAGCAUGGCCUAAAGUUAAACUUGAAUAAAACGGUUGCAAUAAUAUUAGGUUCUACUGGUAAACUGAGGUUACUAAAUAUCGCUUCUCUUCCGCCUAUUGUUAUUGAUGGCAUCGCAUUACCUUAUGUAACUACGAUUAAAUGUUUGGGUCUUACUGUUAGUAAUAAUCUGUCCUGGAAAAAUCAUGUCUCAAAUACUGGAAAGAAAGUAAAUUCGGCGCUUUAUAGCCUUAAAAAGAUGUAUUUCGACGUUCCCAAAGACUUGCAAACAAAACGAAUAAUGUAA